ACAGUUGGCCUUCUGCAGGGUGAAGGUGACUCGUCUAGCCGCUGAGGGGUGAGCUGCAGAGAGGGAGCUGCGAGAAGCCAUCCGCUACUCGCACUCAUCCUGCAAGUUGAACAUUUUAGACCCUGUAGGAACAUCGACUAGAGCCUCCACCUCGGCUGCGACCUCGGGGGAUAUUAUAGAUAGGCUGUCCGCUGGGUUUUAUCAGUGGCUGUGUAUGCAUGUGUUCUGCUCCGAACGGGCGCAAGAACCGCCCCAGAUCCGCAGCGAACAUUUUUCAGCUCAGCAAACCACUGCAGAGGGACCCCGAACGCCGGGAGAGCACCGAGAGCACGCGGAAAGCCCAGCGGGCCGUAGGCGAAUGUAGGAUGACAGUCCAAGAUUUCAACACUCUCGUGGCGCUGUACCGAGAACAGGUCAUCACUAUUGGGGAGAUUUCGGCCGAUUGUCCCUCUUUACGCGAGGCGUUGCACCGCACCAGGACCAAAGGAUGUACCAUGGCCCAAGCUGCCCAUCAGAACCUCACCGUGAUAUCUGGAUCUGGGCCAGAGGAUGGGGAGAUCCACCCAGAGAUCUGCCGGCUCUUCAUUCAGCUGCAGUGCUGCCUGGAGAUGUUCAUCACGGAGAUGCUCAAAUCCAUGUGUCUACUGGGAGUGCUACAGCUCCACAGGAAAGGAAAAGAUUCAUACCCAGAGCCCAGGUUGGACUUCAAGAUGGAUGAGAGCUCUGAUGUGCCCAUUCUGGAGGAGCACUCCUCCUCACCUGUAGACUACCAACAUGAGUCCUGGCUGGUGUGCACCGAUAUUGAAAACAUAGAGAGGGACAUGCGAGAGAUGAGAAACCUGCUAAGCAAACUCAGGGAGACCAUGCCUUUACCACUGAAAACCCAAGAUGACAGCAGUCUGCUGAAUCUCACUCCAUAUCCGCUGGUCAGGCAGAGGAAGAGGCGCUUCUCUGGGUUCUGCUGCCUGGUGUCCAGCUGAGUGCCUGAUAGGUCCUGCAGACAGCAGCAAGGGGAACACACCAACCCUACCCAACAUCUUACAUGUUUUCCAACUUAUUACUGCC